CUCCUCGCACAACAACUUUGUCAAAUCCAAAAAAUGAAUUCAGAACAAUUAGCAAUGGCCAUUCUGCAAGAAAAGAAACAAAGCCAACAACAAAGGGAAAAAAAGCAAGUGAAAAGAAUGGAGCUAAAGCUGAAAGCUCAAAGACUGCGAGUCAUGUCUGAAAUAAGAAAAGAAUUAAGAAUGAAAUUGAAGACAAAUUCCGAGACUGGUGCGCUUCCGAAUUACUCCAGGCACUAUAGUUGCACAAACACGCACGGUACCAUCUUCCAUCUAUUAGCCGUCAUCGAUGCUCUCAGAGUGUGCCCUGAGGAUAAGGCUCUUGUGCUUGAUAUCGAGAACAAAGCACUCAUUAGAUUUAUCAAUGGGCAUAAAUACCUGAAAGGCAUAUUUGUAAAGUGCAAAAAGUUAUUGAAGCCUUACGUUGAUACACUAAGUGCACAACUUAAAAGCAAGGAAAUGCCGGUUAGAGCCCGUCGCUUCAGCAACUAUGACAGACUCACCGAAGUCAAUGGCGCACAAAUACUAUGA